UUUCAGACAACGACCGUUCGAUCCUUCCGCAUUUCAGAUGGAAAUUCUCAACACCAACAUCAGAUGACAAUUUAGGAACUAUCUUGUUAAUUUACGUUAUAGCUAACUAAUCGAUUACACUUUGUUGUAAACGAAAUGGAAAUUUGAAUACUGAGUUGCUAUAUUUUCAUAAAAUCGUCUUGUUUCAAGCGUUUGGCAAAGAUGCGGGAUCUUCAAUACAUUGACAAUGAAACAUGUUGGCUUGUCAAAGAGCUGAAGUCAAACAUUUCUCAAGAAUCAUACUUUUUACCUAGGGAAACUGGCCUGAAUAUAAUGGAGUCUGCAGCAGAGAAUCACAAUGGAGUCUCUGCAAAAUGCAGAAAUGCCAAAGUUGAAGACUUGUGGAGCCUGACCAGUUUCUUUGGUUUCAGCACCCAGACAUUUGUUCUGGCUGUCAAUCUACUGGAUAGGUUCUUAGCCAUUAUUAAGGUCCAACCUAAGCAUCUGCCUUGCAUUGGUGUCUCUUGCCUCCAUAUUGCUGCCAAAAUGGUUGAGGAUGAGUGUAACAUCUCACCCACCCAUGAACUCAUCCGCAUCAGCCAAAGCAAGUUCACUGUUUCUGACCUCAGCCGAAUGGAGAAGAUAAUCUCUGGAAAACUCAACUUGGAGCUCAAAGCUGUCACAGCUUUAACCUUUUUACACUUAUACCAUGCUGUCAUCGUAUCACUUACAUCAGAAAGGGAGGAGAUCCCAAGCAUUGGGAGACUGGAAGCCCAGCUAAAGGCCUGCUUAUGUCAGCUUGUUUUCUCUAAAGCAAAACCAUCGGUGCUGGCACUGUCUGUUGUUUGUCAGGAGUUUGAAGCCCUCCAGUCUCUUGCCAUGUUGGAAAUUGUCCAAGAUGUCCAAAGGCACCUAAAGAUUGUUGACAGUGAGUUACUCUACUGGAGGGGUCUUGUGGCCAAAUGCAUGACUGAGUACCGCUCAAGUGAAUGUAACAAACCAGACAACAAAAAACUGGUGUGGAUCGUGUCCAGACGAACUGCCCAAAAUUUGCACGCUAAUAACUUCAGUGUCCCUGAACUGCCGACCAUUCCAGAGGGGAGCUGGGGUGAAAGUGAAAGUGAGUAUUCCUUUGAGGACAUGAGCUGUGAAGAGGACAGCCCGUGCAGCUCUCCUGGCAGCGACGAAAAGGGAGCCUUCUUCCCCGUAGAGUUUCACAACCAGGGCAGAAAAUGAUACUCCCUCUUUUUGAUGAGCUCAAACUUGUGAUUGAGAUUAUGUGUAACCGGGGUGCUAAAUGUAACUUUCCCUACAUGUAAUGUUUCCCCUUCCUUGUAGUCAUGAUUCAGGACAAAAUGGUUUCUUUCACUUGGCAUACUGUGUGACAGACUGGUAUCAAACUCGGGUUGCCUGCGAGCCUGGUUAGCCCUCUCCACUAAAGCCUUGGUGUGGACAUAAGUCUUCCUGUCUAAAGCUAGGUUACUGAUCACGGGAGCGUAGUCCAACAAACCACCUCUGCUACAUACAUAUGUAUUCUGGAAAUACUGAACAACAGGCCCUAUCAAGUGCCUGUGUUAGUCCAUGUGCUGUUUUUAAACUUUUGUUAUGAUUUUAGAUCUGAGUGAGAUUUAAAUUGCAAUAUUUCGGCAGCUGACUGGCAAUAAGAUCUUUGAAAGCCUUUUUAAAGAUGUUGCUGGUGUCAAUCUAUGUCCAAAUUUGACACAUUCCAGGUGACAUUAGGUACAAUGGUGUAAUGAUUUUCUUCCUAGGAUGUCAAACCUGUGCACUGACUGUUUAAAUCAAUGGGAAAUACCCAACAUAUUGGUACAUUUGCGUAAAACUUUACCUGUUUUAUAUAAUAAUAUUCAUGUAAAAGUUUCCUAUACACCAUGUUAUUGUAAUGUGUUUGUAAGAUUAUAUGCAGAAUGAUACUGUAUUCUGUGAAUGGUGACUUGUAUGUAAAUGUGAUUGUGUUAGAAAAUGAUGGUAAUUGUUGUCUAUUGAGAUUCAGUACAUGUGCAAAAUAUUUAUAUUUAAACAAAUAACAAUGUACAUAAAAUUAAGAAAGUUGUAUCAUGCUUUGUGAAUAGGCCAUCUUAUGUUACUGUAUAUCAACAUAUUGUUAGAAAUGAACCAAGAACCCUAAAAAUAAAAGAGUAUUUUUAAACCUG